CACAUGCGAAGGAAGUUGUAGUAUAAAGUAAAAACAAAACUUGAAUGAACUUCCAACCACACUCCUUCGAACUCUACCAGAAUUCCUGUCCGUUCCGGACCUAGGGUUUUUCUUCCGAUGUGGUACCCGGCGGAGAACCUGUCGAGAUCGGCGUCGCUCCGGGAGGAGAGCUGCGGCGAGGAGGAGGAUGAGCUGCGGUGGGCGGCGCUGGAGCGGCUGCCGACGUACAGGAGGGUGCGGAAGGGGAUUUUUAGGAACAUUGCGGGGGAUUCGAGGGAGAUCGAUGUGGAGAAGCUUGAGGUGCAGGAGCGGAAGGUGGUGUUGGAUCGGCUGGUGAGUUCCGUUGACGAUGACUGCGAGUCGUUCUUCGAUCGGAUGCGGCGCCGUUUCGACGCAGUUGAUCUCGAUUUUCCAAAGAUUGAGGUUCGAUUUCAGCAUUUGACAGUGGAUUCCUUUGUCCAUGUUGGAAGCAGAGCACUGCCGACUAUUCCGAAUUUCAUUUUCAAUAUGACCGAGGCUUUGUUAAGGCAGUUGCGCAUAUACCCGGGCAGGAGAAAAAAGCUGGUGAUCUUAGAUGAUGUUAGUGGGAUUAUUCGGCCUUCAAGAUUAACGCUGCUUUUGGGUCCUCCAAGCUCGGGAAAGACAACACUGCUUUUGGCUCUUGCUGGCCGUCUUGGACCCGAUUUGCAGAUUUCAGGGAAAAUUACAUACAACGGGCAUAGUUUGAAUGAGUUUGUUCCUCAAAGAACAUCUGCUUAUGUCAGUCAACAAGAUAUGCAUGUGGCAGAGAUGACAGUUAGAGAGACUCUUGAUUUCUCUGCUCGAUGUCAGGGUGUUGGAUGUAAAUAUGAUAUGCUUGUGGAACUUUCACGAAGAGAGAAGAUAGCUGAAAUAAAACCAGAUGAAGAUCUGGAUAUACUUAUGAAGGCAUUAGCUUUGGGAGGUGUAGACCCUGGCCUUGCUGUGGAGUACAUUUUAAAGAUUUUAGGGUUGGACAUUUGUGCUGACACGCUGGUGGGAGAUGAAAUGCUGAAAGGAAUUUCAGGGGGACAGAAGAAACGACUUACAACAGGUGAAUUAUUAGUUGGUCCAUCUAGAGUGUUGUUCAUGGAUGAAAUUUCCACUGGGCUUGAUAGUUCAACUACUCACCAAAUCAUCAAGUACCUCCGGCAUUCAACUUGUGCACUUGAUGGCACCACUGUUAUUUCGCUGCUUCAACCUGCUCCCGAGACAUAUGAGUUGUUUGAUGAUAUCAUACUCUUGUGCGAGGGCCAAAUUGUUUAUCAAGGGCCUCGUCAUGCUGCACUGAACUUUUUUGCAUUCAUGGGUUUCAAUUGUCCUGAGCGGAAGAACGUGGCUGACUUUCUUCAGGAAGUGGUGUCAAAGAAGGACCAAGAGCAGUAUUGGGCUGUUCCUGAAAGCCCUUAUCGGUACAUACCUGUGGUAAAGUUUGCUGAAGCUUUUCGUUCAUUUCAUGCUGGGAAGAAUUUAUCGGAGGAACUGAAUGUUCCAUUUGAUAGACGUUAUAAUCAUCCAGCAGCCUUGUCCACUUCUUCUUAUGGUGUGAGGAGGCGAGAACUUCUCACUACCAGCUUUAACUGGCAGUUGCUACUGAUGAAAAGAAAUUCAUUCAUCUAUGUUUUCAAAUUUGUUCAGCUUCUUUUUGUUGCUACGGUCACUAUGACUGUUUUUUUCCGCACAACGCUGCAUCAUAACACGGUUGAUGAUGGGGGCCUGUAUCUUGGGGCACUGUACUUUGCUAUGGUUAUGAUGCUUUUUAAUGGAUUUACGGAGGUCUCAAUGUUGGUAGCAAGGCUUCCAGUUCUUUACAAGCAUAGGGACUUGCACUUCUACCCAUGCUGGGCUUAUACACUUCCUUCUUGGAUCUUGAGUAUCCCAACUUCACUUAUAGAGUCUGGUCUCUGGGUGGCUCUGACAUAUUAUGUGAUUGGAUUUGAUCCUAACAUCAUUCGGUUCUUGCGCCAGUUCCUUUUAUACUUCUUUCUGCACCAAGCGUCUUUAGCUCUUUUUAGAGUGAUGGGCUCCCUUGGUCGAACAAUGAUAGUUGCUAACACAUUUGGAUCUUUCGCCAUGAUGGUUGUCAUGGGUCUUGGUGGAUAUAUUAUUUCAAGGGACAGUAUCUCACGUUGGUGGAUCUGGGGCUUUUGGAUUUCGCCCUUAAUGUAUGCUCAAAAUGCAGCUUCUGUGAAUGAAUUACUUGGGCAUUCUUGGAAUAAGAGAUCUGGAAACCAGGAUAACCUGUCUUUAGGUGAGGCGGUGCUCAAAGUACGAAGUCUGUUUCCGCAGAGUUACUGGUAUUGGAUCGGUGUUGGUGCAUUGCUUGGAUACACUGUUCUAUUCAACAUCCUUUUCACAAUUUUCCUGACUUACCUCAAUCCUUUGGGGAAGCGUCAAGCUGUUGUUUCCGAGGAAGAACUCCAGGAGAGAGAGCGGAGAAAAAAAGGCGAACCUGUCAUUAUUCAGCUAAGACAGUUCUUGCAGCAUUCAGGCUCGCUAACAGCAAAAAGUUUUAACCAGAGGGGCAUGGUUCUACCAUUUCAACCACUUUCCAUGUCUUUCAGCAAUAUCAAUUAUUACGUGGACGUGCCUGUGGAACUGAAGCAGCAGGGCAUAGUGGAAGACAGAUUGCAAUUGCUGGUUAAUAUUACUGGAGCAUUCAGGCCUGGCGUGCUUACUGCUUUGGUUGGAGUAAGUGGUGCUGGGAAAACCACCCUCAUGGAUGUGCUAGCUGGUAGAAAAACUGGUGGAAUCAUCGAAGGGGGCAUAAGUAUAUCUGGCUAUCCUAAAAAGCAAGAAACUUUUGCGAGAAUAUCUGGUUACUGUGAGCAGAAUGACAUUCACUCCCCUUGCUUGACUGUUCGUGAAUCACUUCUAUUCUCUGCCUGGCUCCGAUUACCACUUGAUGUUGACUUAGACACACAGAAGGCUUUUGUUGAGGAGGUGAUGGAGCUUGUGGAGCUCGCUCCAUUAAGUGGGGCAUUAGUUGGUCUUCCUGGAGUUGAUGGUUUGUCAACGGAGCAAAGAAAGCGAUUGACUAUAGCAGUUGAACUGGUUGCAAACCCUUCGAUAGUUUUCAUGGAUGAACCUACAUCAGGCUUAGAUGCGAGGGCUGCAGCCAUUGUGAUGAGGACUGUGAGGAAUAUUGUUAACACUGGUCGAACAAUUGUGUGCACAAUUCACCAGCCCAGCAUCGACAUAUUUGAAUCAUUUGAUGAGCUCUUAUUUAUGAAGCGCGGGGGAGAGGUUAUUUAUGCAGGUCCACUUGGCCCCAAAUCUUGCAAGCUUAUUGACUAUUUUCAGGCAGUUGAAGGAGUACCUAAGAUCAGACCUGGAUAUAAUCCCGCUGCAUGGAUGUUAGAUGUUACUUCAUCAGGAGAAGAAAACCGUCUUGGUGUGGAUUUUGCGGAAGUUUACAGACGAUCAAAUUUAUUCCAACAUAAUAGAGAGCUGGUUGACAACUUGAGCAAACCAAAUAGAGAGUCAAAGGAUUUGAACUUUCCAACAAUGUAUUCUAAGUCAUUCUAUGAUCAAUUUCUGGCUUGUAUUUGGAAGCAAAAUCUGUCUUACUGGCGAAACCCACAGUACACUGCAGUUCGCUUCUUCUAUACUGUCAUCAUCUCACUGAUGCUUGGAACUAUCUGUUGGAGAUUUGGUUCUAAAAGGGACACACAGCAGGAGAUAUUCAACGCAAUGGGGUCCAUGUAUGCAGCAGUUCUGUUUAUUGGAGUCACCAAUGGCACUUCUGUCCAACCUGUUGUAUCAAUUGAAAGAUUUGUUUCGUAUAGAGAAAGAGCAGCAGGAAUGUAUUCAGCUCUUCCAUUUGCAUUUGCUCAGGUUGCGAUUGAGUUCCCUUAUGUGCUUGUUCAGACACUUACUUACUGCAUAAUAUUCUACUCCCUGGCCUCAUUUGAGUGGACACUUGAGAGAUUUAGUUGGUACACAUUCUUUAUGUAUUUCAGCGUUCUAUACUUCACCUUUUUUGGAAUGAUGACUACGGCUAUCACACCCAAUCAUAACGUGGCUGCCAUCAUCGGUGCUCCAUUUUAUAUGCUCUGGAACCUAUUCAGUGGGUUGAUGAUUCCUCACAAGAUUAUACCGAUAUGGUGGCGAUGGUAUUACUGGGCGAACCCGGUAGCCUGGAGCCUCUAUGGCCUUCUAGUUUCUCAAUAUGGGGACAGGAAUGAACUUGUGAAGCUAUCCAAUGGAGGGCAAUUGGUUCCCAUAAGGGUAUUAGUAAAGGAAGUGUUUGGAUUCAGGCAUGACUUCCUCGGCAUUACUGCCUUUAUGGUGUUUGCUUUUUGCCUGAUGUUUGCAUUGAUUUUCUCUUACGCAAUAAAAUCCUUUAACUUCCAAAAGAGAUGAAGUGGCAUACGAGCAAUGAUGCUGAGACUAUGGUGUAUAAAUAUGUUUUCUUGUCGUGUCCAUAGCAGGUUAUAGAGUGAAAUUGAUAGCCCAAAACCUUUUGUUUUUUUUCCCUGUUUAAGGAUAUAAUAAUUGUGCCUGAUUAAAAAAAGGACAUGAUAUUUGUGUUUAAGGCAUCAAUCUUGUCUUGAUUUGGAGGAUUAUUCGGUAAUAUACAUAUUGUAAAGUCACUGCCUCCUGCAUACUGCGGAGAAGAUGUACUUGGAUGUAGUGAAGCAAUUUUGAUCUUUUCUUGUA